AAGAGUCUGAAAUUGUAAACAUUGCUUUACUUCAAGAAGGAGAAAUUCCACAAACUCUUUACUAAAUCCUAGUAAAUAUUGUACUCAAGUGUUUGUCCAACAAAUAUUUCAACCAGUUCACAACGGAAAGGGCUUUAAACACCGAUAAUGUCUUUUGUUGAAGAAUUAAACAGUAGCCAUGUUCACAUGAAAGAUCCUCAGUAUGUUGAUAAGAUAAUUAAACAAAUGGUUCAAGAUGGGCAUGAGAAACUCCAGGUUGUAGCUGAUUUUGAUAGAACAUUAUCAAAAUAUUCCAAUAAAGGAAAGAUUUGUUCAACAUGUCACAAUGUAAUGGAAGAGAGUAAAGUGAUGCCAGAUUCUUACAAAGAAAAGGCAAAGGCAUAUAGAGACAAAUAUUUUCCUAUAGAAAUAGACCACAGUUUAACUAUUGAUGAAAAAAUCCCCAAGAUGAUUGAAUGGUGGACCAAUGCUCAUGCUCUUAUAAAAUCAGUUCAUAUGACACAAACAGAUGUAACAGAAAUGGUUCAAGAAUCGAGUGCUCAGCUCAGAGAUAACUGUCAGUGGUUUAUAGAUCAUCUCAGCAAGUUAGAAAUACCUUUAUUGAUAUUCUCUGCUGGUAUUGGUGAUAUUAUAGAGGAAGUUAUCAAGCAACAGUCCAAUAUGUACAACAACAUGAAAAUUGUUUCCAAUUAUAUGGACUUUGACAAAAAUGGUAAAAUGCAAGGUUUUAAAGGAGAUAUUAUCCACAUCUAUAAUAAAAAUGAAAACGCAAUUCAUUCUUCGGAUUAUUUUCAAAGACUAAAACAUAGAGAAAAUUUACUGUUACUAGGAGAUUCUUUAGGUGAUUUACGAAUGGCAGAGGGAGCAGAGUUUACUCAGGAGUUGAAAAUAGGAUUCUUAAAUCAUAAGGUUGAAGAAAGUCUAGAAUUGUAUAAAGCUAAUUUUGAUAUUGUGAUAGUACAAGAUGAAUCUUUAAAUGUGGUCAAUGCAAUCACCAGAACCAUUCUAAACUUACCAAAAUCAGACUGA